AUGUUCAUAUUCGCACCGCGCGACUCCAUGUCGACCUCGCGACAGGGUUCGGUCUCGCGACGGGGUCGUUUCGCGCGCUCGUCCACCACGACGAGCGUGACGCAGAUGCUAAGCGACUCCUGCACGAGUCUUCUCCAGAAGUUGACUACGAGGGUGCGCGGAAUGUCCGCGCUUAACGACCGUGGCGUCGGCGCCACGGCCGCGAGGCGAUCGCCUAUUGUCGGCCAACUGGGUAGCACGCGAAGUCGCCUGGAAGACAAGUAUAGCACGAUUUUAGACAAAUAUUCCGGCAAGAGACAUGCCGACGACUCGGAGCGAAGCGGCCGCGGUUACUCGCGUAGACAAGAGCGCGAUCACAGCUAUUAUCAUCGAGAGGACAGUCCAUUUGUGCGCGACGACAAGACCCUGGAGCCCUCGAUGACUCGUACCAUCAUCAAGAGUCCCACCAGCGUGAUUCUCAGCGAGAAAGCUUAUCCCUACGUGAGCUCCGCGAUAAGUAGAGAAUCCAAGCGCGAGAAGACGCCCGCUUACAGCCGCACAGCUCGGCAGACUUUACUGAACUCGGAAGCUUAUCGCCGCUAUGGCAGACACAAGUCCGGACAUGCGGAAACGCGCAGUCGAAAGGUGCGGCCGCAUCGAAAUGGCAAGAGCGAGCAGCUGGAAGCUCACUCGACGUCCCUGAGACUGUCCCGACCGGUUAAAAUCGAACCGUUGACGUUUGCGGAUGGCAAGGCGAUCGCGAUCGAUCCGGACAAGACGCCGGUCGCCAAUAGCAACACGGAGGACCUCAGUAACGUCGCGCAAAAUGUUACGGGGAAUGCGUACGAGGCAUUGACCGCGGAUAAUGAUCCGACCAUCUCGGAUCGGGCGGCCAAACGGAAGGAGAUUCAAAAUCUGAUCCUCAAGUACGCCGCCAUGGAAGAUACUUACAGCCAGUUGGCGGCCGGUGGACAGGCGAACGUAUGCCCCAGCACGACUGACCUCAUCGCCAGCAAGUACAGGAAGAGCAAUCAUCCUAACAACCAGAAAGACGACGCGUCCAAGGGCACGGUAGCCCCGGUUAGCGCGAACGUGAUUAACGAGGUGGACACGAUCCACGAUGCGAUCAGCCCACGACCGCCCUCCGUCGAGGACGACGAAGACGGCCACCUUGUAUACCAAUCCGGCGACAUCCUGGCAAAUAGAUAUAAAGUACUGGCCACCCUAGGAGAGGGUACUUUUGGAAAAGUUGUCAAGGUUAAGGACUUGCAAAUGGAUCAUGUGAUGGCUCUGAAGAUUAUUAAAAAUGUGGAGAAGUACAGGGAGGCAGCAAAGUUGGAGAUAAACGCUCUUGAAAAGAUCGCUAAUAAGGACCCAGAAGGCCAACAUCUAUGCGUCAAGAUGCUCGAUUGGUUCAAUUAUCACGGGCAUAUGUGCAUCGCGUUCGAAAUGCUCGGUCUGAGUGUUUUCGAUUUCCUGAGGGACAACAGUUACCAGCCGUAUCCAUUGGAACACGUUAGGCACAUGGGCUAUCAACUUUGUUAUGCCGUAAAGUUUUUGCAUGAUAACAAGCUCACGCACACAGAUCUUAAACCGGAGAACAUCUUAUUCGUUGACUCGGAUUACGACAGCUCGUAUAAUAAUAAAAAGCUUUUUCUUUUUAAGCGGAGGGACAUGAGACGCGUGAAGAGAACCGACAUUAGACUUAUUGAUUUUGGUAGCGCUACUUUUGAUCACGAACAUCACAGUACGAUCGUUAGCACGAGACAUUAUAGAGCACCCGAAGUGAUUUUAGAAUUAGGCUGGUCUCAACCCUGUGACGUUUGGUCCAUCGGUUGCAUCUUAUUUGAGUUAUACCUGGGUCUCACGUUAUUCCAAACACAUGAUAAUCGUGAACACCUGGCAAUGAUGGAGCGCAUACUUGGCACGAUACCACAUCGCAUGGCUCGCAAAACUAAGACCAAGUACUUUUAUCAUGGGAAAUUGGAUUGGGACGACAAGAGUUCGGCUGGUAGAUACGUACGAGAUAAUUGCAAGCCGCUACAUCGUUAUAUGCUGUCUGAUGAUGAGGAACAUCGUCAAUUGUUCGAUCUCAUUCAAAGAAUGUUGGAAUACGAACCAUCGCAACGCAUCACACUAAAGGAUGCGCUAAUUCAUACAUUUUUCGACGCAUUACCAGCAUCUCAGAGAUUGCCUGAUCCGCGAGCAGCUGGUGAUUCUCAACAAUCUCACGAACGAUCACAUUCACUCUCUCGAUGAAGCUAGGAAAGGGACCGACUUCCCUGCUGGACAGACACUCCACUUUCAGCGACACUAUUGCCCUACGUUUUUGUUCUACUAUCAUUAAUUUUUAUGAAAACUUGUCUUUUUCGUAACUACGAGGCCCGAUGAUGUGACGAGAUGCGAUGCAAGCAUUGACAUUUGAAAAAUAGUGCGUGUAUGUGGAUAAAUAAUCAUUGAAAUUCUUCAUUUAAUCCGCAGUCGAUUUAACUUGGAACUACAUGUAGAAAGGCACGUAGGAAAAGCAUUAGUGCGGUGGUGCGUGGAACUUGGACUAAUUCAAAUAUAUUCAGUGACGAUUACCACUCUUCGUCCGAUAAAGGUGAUUCGCAUCUGUGUUUUUAUCACGAUUGUCGAUCAUGAAAAAAUGACUAGGUCCCUGUUACUGGCACGCAAGGGCCAGUGUGUCUGCUCAGUGUAGCGUAACAGAGUCCCACAAUUGUAAACAAUUUUUUAAACGCUCUUCUGUACAUUUUUGUCCCUUAAAUUUAUUACCAUGUUAUUAAGCGAUAAUGAGUUUGAAGUAAAGUUCACUUUCGAGGUCCGCAGUUUAAUCUAUUCUAAAUUGACGACCACGAACGUGUUCUGGCAUUAAGUAUCAUAUUAUAGGUAAAAUGGAAAAUAGUUUUACGCGUACACGUCGAUAGAGUUGAUAGGAAUCGAGAGAAAGCGAGUGAGCGAGAGAGGGAGUGUGUGAAUAAUGAUCAAUUCAUCGUUGUGAAUUAUAUAUAUCUUGGAACAGAAGAAUACAUAAUUAUCCUAGAAAAUAUUCUUUUAAUAAUUCAUUUCUUUCAAUCAUUUCUUAUACAUUGAAUUCGGGAAAAGAAUUCAUGUGACUUCGCGAUGUAUUUGCCGACUUUAACAUCGCUGCUUAAUUUUUGGCCUAAUUAAGCAAAAAUUUUUGUCACUCCAUAUUCUAUAUUAUUAUACGAUAGAUUUAAAAUUGAUACAUACACCGAGUAUUACUGAAAAUGAAUGAUGUAUCUAACAUGAAGAGGCAACCUUCACUUUUUUCGUCACAGACAUCUUUGCACAACUGUAUCACCCGUGUAAGUUUUGUUUGAACUUAGUUAUAUUAUGUCUACGAACUGAAGAAUAUUAUAUCUACUGCUCGUAAAAUGAUCGAGGAUGUCUGCUUUUGGGACAAAAAAAAAAUUUCGAGUAGCAAUAAAUACAUUUCUUUCAAA